GAAAAAAGUGUAGCAAUCGGUUACCAUUAAUAUGUUAAUGGGAUUGGACUGUAAGUGAACAGGCUCCGCCCACAUCAUCUCACCUCAGAUCUCCACUUUUCGCGGUGUUACAAUUAUUCCGAUGGCAAAGAUUGACCCGAACGACUCCCCUCCUCCUUACUACUCUAUCGCUGUGCAUGCCCAGCCCCCCCUCAAGUCCUAUGAAGAGGUGGUGUAUGGCGUGGGGCCGGGCCACACCGCCGCCAACCAGCAUUAUGUCCCCCAGUAUGCGCCGCCUGUGGCAGCUCCCCAAGUAGCGCAGCUGAACACACCCCACAGAAGCAGGCGGAGGGGAUGCUGUAAAAGUAACGCCCAGUGUUACGGAGGAUCAGCCGGGUCUCUUCUGUUGUUAGCCUUGCUGGCUGUGGCUAUCUGGGUCGCAGUGCACUUUAGCACCAGGUUGGUGACUCAGUCGUUUAUCAAUAGCAACAACAACAACAACAACAACAACAACAACAACAACCAGCAAAAUGGGGGUCCAACCAGCAGGAGGAACGACACCUGCCCUGAGAAUGCGACCAUCGAGUGUGAUGGCGUCAGGGACUGCGAGAUGGGCUCUGACGAAAUGGACUGUGUGAUGUUUGCGAGUGUCAACCGUCUGCAGGUAAGGACCGCCGAAGAUGGCCGCUUUCUUCCAGUCUGCUUCAGUGGCUGGAACCAAAACAAUGCCGACCAGACUUGUGCCCAGCUUGGCUUUAGGAGCUCCUUCAUUAGCAAAAAUAUCACAUCCCAGGACUCCCUUGGUUUGAUGGUGACCAACAGAUCGUCUGAAAACAUUCAGGGCACGGUAGAAGUCAGUUCCUCCUGUCCAGACCAAAACAUUGUCUCCCUGCAGUGUGUAGACUGUGGCCGGCAGCAGUCCACAUCUCGCAUCGUCGGAGGCAGCGUUGCACAGAGGGGUCAGUGGCCUUGGCAGUUAUCUCUGCACUUUAGGGGCUCCCAUGUGUGCGGAGGGGUCCUGAUUGCGCCCGAUUUCGUGCUGACUGCCGCCCACUGCUUCCCAGGGACUGUCCCUUCAAUGCAAUCGCCGCGGUUUUGGCAAGUGUACGGAGGCACCGUGUCUCUGGAUGAUCUACCUCAGCCCUUCCUGGUUGAGAGUAUCAUACUGAAUGAAAACUACGACAACAGGACCAAUGAUCAGGAUGUUGCUCUGCUCAAGCUGACAGCUCCAGUUGAUUUUGAUGAUGAUGUUCACUCAGCAUGUCUGCCAGUUAGAGAACAGCCAUUUCCUCACGGUACCACGUGUUGGACCUCAGGCUUUGGCACCACCCAGGCGGGAUCAGGUGUUAUCUCGACUGAUCUGAUGGAGGUGACAGCGGACAUCAUCGGCACAGACGUCUGCAACAGCCGUCAGGUGUACGCCGGAGCUGUGACUGCCAACAUGAUCUGUGCUGGACACCUGGAUGGAGGACGAGAUUCCUGUCAGGGAGACAGUGGUGGGCCUUUGGUGUGUCAGACUGAUGACCUGUGGUACCUGGUAGGCAUCACCAGCUGGGGGGCUGGCUGUGCUCAGAGAAACAGGCCGGGUGUUUACACCAGAGUCAGCAAUGUUCUUCCUUGGAUCUACACCAACAUGCAGCAUGAAAGGCCUUAAUGUCACUUCUUGCUGCCGGCUGGCUGUCUGGUUUCCCCUCGUCUGCAUUGAACUCUGCACUGUGAAGCUGUCUUCCAACAAAGAUGGAUGGACCAAUGAGGGGGCGCUCCAGACAAGAAAAGACAGAUGGAUUAAAGGUUGCCUAAUGUUGGAGACGGAGGGGAUGAGGCCAGAUGUACAAGUAGUACAAGUUCCAAAUGUCAUGUUUACAGCUGUGUGUUGGUGCACUAAUUCCUUACUCAGAUAUCACUAAUCAAAUGUUUGAGAUGCCAAACUGCAACAGUGGAACCUCUAUAGUGGAACUAGGAAUUUCAUCACAUCUAUUUAGAUUUUUCUUUGGCUUUUUGUGGCUUCUUUUUUUAAAUUUUCAACACGUAUUCCAAAAAAAAGAAGUGAAGACGACUCUUGUCAAGGCAGCGUGACUCUGUCUUCACAAAAAAUGAGGUGUGGUGCAUCUGUGAUGUAAAUCACCUUCGCAGUACACCGUUUGUCAUUGAAAUUGAAGCUGUUUUUUUUUAUUAAUUAUACAUGUUACAGGGGUUAACUUAUUUUUACACUUGCACAGAAAUGAAUACUAAACAAUGAGAUGUGUGAGUUGUCCCUGCAAAGUAAAUCACCUUUAUUAUAAGUAGAGAUGUCCGAUAAUGGCUUUUUUGUCGAUAUCCGAUAUUCCGAUAUUGUCCAACUCUUUCUUACAGAUUCCGAUAUCAACCGAUACCGAUAAAUACAGUCGUGGAAUUAACACAUUAUUAUGCCUAAUUUUGUUGUGAUGCCCCGCUGGAUGCAUUAAACAAUGUAACAAGGUUUUCCAAAAUAAAUCAACUCAAGUUAUGGAAAAAAAUGCCAACAUGGUACUGCCCUAUUUAUUAUUGAAGUCACAAAGUGCUUUUUUUUUUUUUAACAUGCCUCAAAACAGCAGCUUGGAAUUUGGGACAUGCUCUCCCUGAGAGAGCAUGAGGAGG